GGAGAGAGGAGAGCUGCUACUGCUGCCGCCAUUAUCACCACCACCACCAUCACCCACAGCUAUAUACGUGCCACGUCACAUCCUCCUUUGUCGAACAGAAAAGCCGGGCAGUCAGGAACAAGUCGUUGGUGAGCGUCGCGUGAUCUGCCGCGGAAACAGAGGAGACUUGUAUAGUGGCGCGAGGCAGUUGUCUGGGCCGCAUCUCGAGAAAUCAGCAGAGACCAUUUUCCAGCAUGUUGGGUUGUAGCUUGACCACGAGUGAAGUCACUACCCUUCCUCGGGCCUUGUCCCAGCACUAGGGCGAGGCAACAACAACCACGGCACAGCUUGAGCCACGCUGUCGAUACACAGUUGAAGGAAGGAGGCGACUCAGCAUUUCGACAUGAGUGUGAUGGACGGCUGGGAGCUGGAUGGCGCCAAGGGGAAGGACAAGAGCUCUUCUCACCGGGACUUCAGCACCAUGAUCCGUCCUCUCAUGUGGUUCGGGGUCCUGAUAGGAGUGAUACCUUGCACUGCCCACAGACUGCCUGACGGGGAAGCUGAAGAAGGCAAGCCAAGAGUGACCUACAGUUUUUCAGUGGUCAGCUUCCCGUCCUUCAUCACGGUGGUGUGGUGGUUCACUACUGUGCUCUACGCAUUGACGGUGCCCUUUGAUGAUCCGUUCUUGGGCAAAGAACACUACUCCUUCCUCGCCAUCUUGAAUUACAUAGUAGGAUUCAUCUAUGUCAUUAACUACGUCCCGGUGUGGAUAAUACUAUGGAGGGCUGCCCGCCUCACCAGCCUGUUCAACGCCGUGGCCGAGCUAGAUGCCGCCCUGCCCUCGCGAAGCCUGAAGACCUGCCUGACCAUAGCGGUGUCCAUAACGUCUUACGCAACGGCUAUCACAAUGAGUUGCCUCUUCGAAAAGUUUGUGGACGGUCAGAAGAAUAUUAUACCUCGCGUGACCGUCUUCGUCCACGUGUCUUAUGCUGGGCCCACCUACGUGAUGCUGAUGUGGACACUCGCCGUUCACUUGGCCCAGAAGUUCGAAGUGCUGAACACUCAGGUAGAAGAGGCAGUGAAAUGGAAGAACGCUGCUAAACUCUCGCACCUCAGGCACCUCCACUACAAGCUGAGGAGUGUUGUGAAGGAGGUGGACGCGGUAUUCUAUCCAGUGACCGGCCCAAGCUACAUUCGCAUGAUAGUGAUGAUGUGCAUGCAGCUCACGCUCGUCGACACCUACUCCAACAUGGAUUACUCUCCGCAGUACUUCUGGAUUUUUGUCGUCAUGAACUGUGGCUAUAUGAUCAACAUUAUGAUGGUUCACGCCUUGCCAGACCUGUGUGCGGGAAAGGCUGCGUCCACGGUCCACCUACUCGAAGCUCACGACCCAGAAGACGACGCAUUUUCCAAGCAGGUGAGCAGGUGGAGGGCGGAACUGGCCUCGACGCGUGUCUACAUCACAGCGUCAGGUCUCGUGGAACUCAACAUGCCAGGGCUGUGGACGGACGCACAGUUCAUGAUCACAAUUUAUGUCGUCCUCGUCCAGUUCACCAGGGACAGUGCGCUCGUGAAUGACCAACCUCCUUUGUGGCUAUCCCAGCUUCUGAACAGUUCCAAAUACCUACAAUGAAGUCUACUACAUAUAUGUCUUCUAUACCUAUGGAAACUAAAAUCGUCUCUCUGUAACUAAUAUGAGAAUUCUCUACA